GCUUCCGGCGCGGGGCAUUGUGGGUGGGCAAUGGCGGCGCCCGGCCAGCGUCGGGCCCGGUCUUGAGGAGAAGCGGCGAUGGGCGAGGCGGAGGCGGCGUCGGAGGCGUCGCUGCACCGGCUGGAGGGCCUGUCCCCGGGGGCGCAGGAAGGGGGCCUGGUGGUGCCGGCGGCGAGGCGGAGGAGCGCGGCCGAGGAGCAGCACGUCUUCAAGGUCCCGGCCCCGAGGGCCUCGCUGCUAGGCCUCGACCUCCUGGCCGCCCAGAAGCGCCGCGAGAAGGAGGAGCAGGCCGCCAACGCCGCCAAGCGGGCCCGGCUCGCCCCCGACGCCGACUGGGCCGCGGAGCCCCAGCAGGAGCAGCGCGGAGACGGAGAGGCCGAGCCGGCGGAGGAGGAGGAGGAGCGGGACGGAGGCGGAGGAGACGGCGGCGGCGCGGGGCGAGGGUCCCGGAGGGAGCGGCAUUACCGUUCUGCACGGGUUGAGACGCCAUCACACACGGGUGGCGUCAGUGAGGAGUUCUGGGAGCGCAGCCGUCAGCGGGAACGAGAGCGGAGGGAGCAGGGGGUCUUCGCUUCCUCCAAGGAGGAGAAGGAGCGCAAGAGGGACCACGGCCGCGAGCGGGACCACGACCGGAAGCGAGACCGAGAAGAUCGGGACCGGAGUCGACGCAGCAGCAGCGGGGGCCACUCAGAGCGGGAGGGCUCCUCGGAGCGGAGUGGCGGUCGGAGGAAUGAGCCAGAAAGCCCUCGCCACCGGCCCAAAGAUGCGGCGACUCCUUCGCGCUCCAGCUGGGAGGAGGAGGACAGCGGCUACAGCAGUUCGCGCCGGUCGCAGUGGGAGUCCCCCUCGCCCACCCCUUCCCACCGGGACUCCGACCGCAGCCACCGGGGCUCUGCCUCUCGUGACAGCGAACGGAGGGACCGCGACCGGUCCUUGCGGAGCCGCUACCCGGAGGAGACCCCGCUGCCCACCCCUUCGUAUAAGUACAAUGACUGGGCCGACAACCAGAGGCACCUAGGGGCCUCCGCCCCAUGGCUUUCUAGAGGCAGAGGGAAACGUGAAGAUGGGGAAGACGGCAUUGCCUUUGAUACUGAGGAGGAGCGGCAGCAGUGGGAAGAGGACCAGCGGCAAGCAGACAGGGACUGGUACAUGAUGGACGAAGGAUAUGACGAAUUCCACAACCCUUUGGCCUCUUCCUCGGAGGAGUAUGUCAGGAAGCGGGAGCAGCACCUGCAGAAGCAGAGGCAGAAGCGCAUCUCUGCUCAGCGCAGGCAGAUCAACGAGGACAAUGAGCGCUGGGAGACGAACCGCAUGCUGACCAGUGGCGUGGUGCACCGGCUGGAGGUGGAUGAGGACUUUGAGGAGGACAACGCCGCCAAGGUUCACCUCUUGGUCCACAACCUGGUGCCCCCCUUCCUGGACGGGCGCAUUGUGUUCACCAAGCAGCCCGAGCCUGUGAUCCCCGUUAAGGACGCCACGUCAGACCUGGCCAUUAUCGCCCGGAAAGGGAGUCAGUUGGUGCGGAAACACCGGGAGCAGAAAGAGCGCAAGAAGGCCCAGCACAAGCACUGGGAGCUGGCGGGCACCAAACUGGGCAACAUCAUGGGCAUCAAGAAGGACGAGGAGGAGGAAGGGGCCAAGCAGAUCCUGGCAGAGGAUGGCAGCGUGGAUUACAGGACGGAGCAGAAGUUUGCUGACCACAUGAAAGAGAAGAGCGAAGCCAGCAGUGAGUUUGCCAAGAAGAAAUCAAUUGCAGAGCAGAGGCAGUACCUGCCCAUCUUUGCUGUCCAGCAGGAGCUGCUGACAGUCAUCCGAGACAACAGCAUCGUGAUCGUGGUGGGGGAGACGGGCAGCGGGAAGACCACACAGCUGACGCAGUACCUGCACGAGGACGGAUACACGGACUAUGGCAUGAUUGGCUGCACACAGCCGCGACGAGUGGCGGCAAUGUCAGUGGCCAAGCGUGUCAGUGAGGAGAUGGGCGUGAGCCUCGGGGAAGAGGUGGGCUACGCCAUCCGCUUUGAGGAUUGCACCUCCGAGAACACGGUCAUCAAGUACAUGACGGACGGGAUCCUGCUGCGGGAGUCUCUGCGAGAGGCUGACCUCGACCACUACAGCGCCAUCAUCAUGGACGAGGCCCACGAGCGCUCCCUCAACACCGACGUGCUCUUCGGUCUUCUGCGUGAGGUGGUAGCCCGGCGCUCCGACCUGAAGCUGAUUGUGACUUCGGCCACCAUGGAUGCAGAGAAGUUUGCCGCCUUCUUUGGGAACGUGCCCAUCUUCCACAUCCCGGGCCGCACCUUCCCGGUGGACGUCCUCUUCAGUAAGACGCCACAGGAGGACUAUGUGGAGGCUGCGGUCAAGCAGGCCCUGCAGGUACACCUCUCCAGCGCCCCAGGGGACAUUCUCAUCUUCAUGCCAGGCCAGGAGGACAUUGAGGUUACCUCUGAGCAGAUCGUGGAGCACCUGGAGGAGCUGGCCAAUGCUCCCGCUCUGGCCGUGCUGCCCAUUUACUCCCAGCUGCCCUCCGACUUGCAGGCCAAGAUCUUCCAGAAGGCACCCGACGGAGUCCGGAAGUGCAUCGUGGCCACCAACAUUGCCGAAACCUCUCUGACGGUGGAUGGGAUCAUGUUUGUGAUCGACUCAGGCUACUGCAAGCUGAAGGUCUUCAACCCACGGAUCGGCAUGGACGCUCUCCAGAUCUACCCCAUCAGCCAGGCCAACGCCAACCAGCGCUCCGGCCGUGCUGGGAGGACGGGGCCAGGCCAGUGUUUUAGACUCUACACACAGAGCGCCUAUAAGAAUGAGCUGCUGACCACCACGGUCCCAGAGAUCCAGCGGACGAACCUGGCCAACGUGGUGCUGCUGCUAAAAUCCCUGGGAGUCCAGGACCUGCUCCAGUUCCACUUCAUGGACCCCCCUCCGGAGGACAACAUGCUCAACUCCAUGUACCAGUUGUGGAUCCUGGGUGCGCUGGACAACACAGGAGGACUGACCUCCACGGGGCGCCUGAUGGUGGAGUUCCCCCUGGACCCAGCCCUCUCGAAGAUGCUCAUCGUCUCCUGCGACAUGGGAUGCAGCUCAGAGAUCCUGCUGAUUGUCUCCAUGCUCUCUGUGCCAGCUAUCUUCUACCGGCCAAAGGGCCGGGAGGAAGAGAGCGACCAAGUGCGGGAGAAGUUUGCCGUCCCGGAGAGCGACCACCUGACCUACCUGAACGUCUACCUGCAGUGGAAGAGCAACAGCUACUCCACGCUCUGGUGUAGUGAGCACUUCAUCCACGCCAAGGCCAUGCGCAAGGUGCGUGAGGUGCGGGCACAGCUGAAGGACAUCAUGGUGCAGCAGCGCAUGAGCCUGGCCUCCUGUGGCACCGACUGGGACAUCGUCCGCAAGUGUAUCUGCGCGGCUUACUUCCACCAGGCUGCCAAACUGAAGGGCAUCGGGGAAUACGUCAACAUUCGCACCGGGAUGCCCUGCCACCUGCACCCCACCAGCUCCCUGUUUGGCAUGGGCUAUACGCCGGACUACAUUGUCUACCAUGAACUUGUGAUGACUACCAAGGAGUAUAUGCAGUGCGUCACUGCUGUGGAUGGCGAGUGGCUGGCCGAACUGGGGCCCAUGUUCUACAGCAUCAAACAUGCCGGCAAGUCACGCCAGGAGAGUCGCCGGAGGGCCAAGGAGGAGGCAUCCGCCAUGGAGGAGGAGAUGGCGCUGGCGGAGGAGCAGCUGCGUGCCCGGCGGGAAGAGCAGGAGCGACGCAACCCCGUCAGCAGUGUCAGGUCCACCAAGAUCUACACUCCGGGGCGCAAGGAACAGGGUCAGCCAGCCACCCCACGCCACACGCCGGCCCGCUUCGGCCUCUAGCCGCCCAGCUCUGAACACGGCCCACCUUGGACAGACACUGAGAAGUCAUGUUGUUGUUUCUAUAAAUGUUGCUGCUUCCUG